AUGGAAGAUACGUAUGCUAUUGCUUUACAACGUUUGAAUUCAAAUGAUAAAGAAAGUCCGAUAUCAUUAGCUUAUUUCGGAAUAUUUGAUGGACAUGGCGGAAAAGAAGCAGCAGAAUUUGCUCGACAAAAUUUAUGUCAACGAAUUCUGGAACAAGAUGAUUUUUGGCCAAUUUCAACCCCGUCAACUGUCACAAAUAAUGAAAUGACAUCAGAAACAACCGUAACAUCAGAGAAGGAAAUUGAUGAUAAAAUUUUAAGUGCAAUUAGAAAAGGAUUUUUACAAUGUCAUAGUGAUAUGUGGAAUGAUUUACCAAAAUGGACAAAAACAUCAUCCGGUUUACCUAGUACAUCGGGUUGCACAGCGAGUGUUGUAUUUGUUCGUGGUAAUAAACUUUAUAUUGGCCAUGUGGGUGAUUCAGCUAUUGUGUUGGGUAUUGGUGAUUCGUUAUAUAAACCUUGGCAAUGUACGCGGUUAACAAAAGAUCACAAACCAGAAGAUCCAUCAGAAUUAAAACGUAUUCGAGAUAGUGGUGGAAAUGUAUUAUGCAAAGCGGGCGUUCAUCGAGUUGUUUGGAAUCGACCAAAAGUUUCACACAGUCACCAUCAUCAUCAUCGUCAUUCACAUCAUUCACAUCAUUCUCAUAGGAUAACAACAGUUAAUUCUCAAGUGCAAUCGACAACAGCUGAAUACGAACAAAUACCAUUUCUUGCCGUAUCUCGUGCAUUAGGUGAUUUAUGGUCUUUUAAUAGCCAAACAAAUUUGUACAGUGUUUCACCCGAACCGGAAUUGGCUGUUAUUGAAAUAAACCCGCUCAAGCAUCGUUGCCUUAUAUUAGCAUCAGAUGGCCUAUGGAAUAUGAUGACACCAGAAGAUGCUGUAGAAAUUGUUCGAUCAUGUGAUGUCAAAACAGAAGAAAUGAUUUUGAAAGCAGAGGAUGAUGAUCAACGUCCGUUUCGUAAUCCGUCACAUGAACUUGUUCAAAAAUCGUUAACAUGUUGGCGUGAACGUAUGCUAAGAGCGGAUAAUGUCACAUGUGUCACUGUAAUGCUUGAUCAACCUGGACCACCAUUCAGCGAUUGUAUUGUUAUGAAAAAGAAACAAUUUAAUCAUUGUUCUGUUUCAUCUUCAACAGCUUCUGUUUAUUCGGAUGAUACUGUUGAUAUUGAAAGUGGUACAAUGUUUUCUACUCCACCAAAGCAUACAAAUGAUAAACCUGUUUUACAUCGUACAGCAAGUAAACACAGUGAAAAUCAUAUUUUAAUACCAAUAUCAAAUGGACAACAAUCAGCAACAACACCAUUAAGGACGCCUAAACGUCCUGCAUCUGACGAUGGUUCAUCAAUACUUCAAAAUACUCCACGUCGUAAAUUAAUAAAAACAAACCAAAAAGAAAAUGGUUCACAACGAUUAAAUGGUGAAACAGAGAUAAAUGACGUUGGCAGUAGUGAUGUGGCAUCGGUAACUGAUAUUAAUGAUGACGAUUAUGACGAGACCAAUAGUGAAAUUCAGCCAUCUCAGAAGGAAUCAACAAGUGCAGAUGAUAAUGAUUUAGAAAUGAAAGUUGAUGAAUGUUCAAGAGAUACAGAAGCAAUCAAUAUGAAUGGAGAUGAUGAUGAAGAACAGCAACAAAAAAUGGACAUUGAUGAGCCAAUUACAGAAAAAAUGACAUUGUCUAGUCAAGAUUCAACAAAACGUUGUUCAUCUCGUCGUUCCAAAUUUCUUUUUUCAUCUUCAAAUGAUACUCAUCCAUCAAAAGCAUUUUCAUCAUCAUCUGAUUCUAGUCAACAAUCACCACAAUGUUUACGUCGAACUCGUUCAGCUUCGAUGAAUACGUCAAUGACCAGGGACGAUGAUCAGCGCUCUGUUUCUACACGUCGACGGAAGUCUUGUAGUGUUUCAAAUAUUCGUACAGACAAUGUGAUUGUUAGAAAAACAAUUUCAUUAACGACAAAACCUAGUCGAACACAAUCAUCAAUAAGAAAACCUAGCAGUGAUACACCAACUAGACAAAGAACUGAAAAGAAAUCCUCUUCUACUCUUUUAUCGAAUUAUUCUUCAUCAAAAAUCAAACCAUUAAUUCAUUCGUCCUCUACUUCUACUUCUGCGUCCACCGCCACUGUAACUACUCGUCAAACAUUUGCUAGUCGUGUUAAACGUGCUUUUCUUAGACCUCAUCGUGCUUCAACACAACGUCGACCAAUAUCAACAAACAACGAAUCACCACGAUCAACAAAAAUUUUAACGUCAACGACGACAACAUCAAAAUUAAAUUCAAAUCAGAAUAAGACAAUGAUUGUAUAG